UCCAAAAUGGCAGCCUUCCUCAUGUAGCUAUAUAUUCCAAACUUUCCACAAGAUUUCUUCAGUAAAAUAUGGUCUGAUUACCCUAAAAAUCGUAUAUAAUAACAGAAGAGAACUGCGUGUCCGACAUGACUUCGAUUAUCAAGCUGUCUGUUCUUUCUGGUGCUCAUGAUGAGGGUCCCCUGUGUUACCUCAUGCAAGUUGACGAAUUUCGUUUCUUGUUGGACUGUGGAUGGAACGAAACGCUCACCAUGGAACACAUUGAAACUGUUAAAAAGCAUGUACAUCAGAUAGACGCAGUGUUAAUAUCAUUCCCAGACCUCUAUCACAUGGGUGGUUUGCCAUAUUUGGUCGGCAAGUGUGGGUUACACUGCCCGAUAUAUGCUACUAUUCCAGUUUACAAGAUGGGGCAAAUGUUUAUGUAUGAUUGGUUUCAGUCACAUCAAAACUCAGAAGAAUUUGACACCUUCACCCUGGAUGAUGUGGAUGCUGUUUUUGAUAAGAUUAUUCAACUCAAAUAUUCACAGAAUGUUAGCCUAAAAGGUAAAGGACAUGGUAUCACCAUCACACCUUAUGCCGCUGGGCACAUGAUUGGUGGGACAAUGUGGAAGAUAGUCAAAGAUGGAGAAGAGGAUAUAAUAUAUGCCGUCGAUUAUAACCACAAGAAGGAAAGACACCUGAAUGGAGCCGUCCUGGAAACACUUAGUCGACCGUCAUUGUUGAUCACUGAUUCAUUUAAUGCUUUGAAUGUACAGACGAGGAGAAGAGAAAGAGAUACGCUGCUUAAAAAUGAAAUUCUUAAAACGACUCGUCGGAAUGGAAAUGUCCUGAUAGCAUUGGAUACAGCAGGAAGAGUGCUGGAACUAUCACAACUUCUGGAUCAGUUGUGGAGAAACCCUGAUUCUGGUCUGACAGCAUACUCACUUGCCAUGCUUAACAAUGUGAGCUACAAUGUAGUGGAGUUUGCCAAGUCACAGGUUGAGUGGAUGAGUGACAAAAUCAUGAAAGCAUUUGAAAUAGGAAGAAAUAACCCUUAUCAGUUCAGAUAUUGUACAUUAUGCCACAGUCUUGCUGAUCUUGCAAAGAUACCAGAGCCUAAGGUUGUGCUGGCCAGUAUGAUGGAUUUGACAUGUGGAUUUUCACGGGAUUUGUUUGUAGAGUGGGCAGAGAACCCAAAGAAUACAGUCAUUUUUACUGCCCGAUCGUCACCGGGUACUCUUGCACGAACCUUGAUUGAACACUUGGAGACAAAACAAGUUGAUCUAGAGAUAAAACAGAGAGUGCGACUAGAAGGGGAGGAGUUGGAGAAGUACAUGGAAGAGGAGAAAAAGAAAGAGAAGCAUAACAUUGAUGGCACCAAUAGAAAGUCCCUUGUCGUGGAAGAGAGUGACAGUGACAGUGAUGAUGAACAAGAGAUUUCAGAUAAACAUGAUUUGAUGAUGGCAGUAGAUAAGGGCAGUCGUAAAAGUUCUUUCUUCAAGCAGGCAAGAUCUUAUCCAAUGUUUCCUUGUCAUGAAGAGAAGGUUAAAUGGGAUGAUUAUGGGGAGUUUAUCAAACCUGAAGAUUUUAUGAUAAAAGAUUUAACUGCAGCAGAAGAUGAAAAAACUAAAGCCGACCAGCAGAAGCCAGAGACAGCUGAUGUGGAAAUGCUUACAUCCCAAGCAGACCUUUCUAAAGUACCCACAAAAUGUGUUACUGAAUAUAAAACCAUUAAUAUCAGAUGUAGCUUGCAGUACAUUGACUUCGAGGGACGUUCUGAUGGCGAGUCAAUCAAACGUAUUCUGACUCUCGUGAAUCCCCGUAAACUGAUUCUUAUUCACGGUGACUCAGAAUCUACUGAACAUCUCGCGGAGUACUGUUUGAACAACAGUAGUAUUCAAGUCAGUCAAGUGUUCAUGCCGUUGACUGGCGAGACUGUCGAAGCUACGGGAGAGAGACACAUUUAUCAGGUCAAAUUGCGUGACGCACUGGUAAGCUCGUUACAGUUCUCACGAGCGCGUGACGCUGAGUUAGCAUGGGUCGACGGACAACUACACAUGAACCAGUCCCAAUCCCAUCUCGGCUCGUUAACAGAGGGAGAACAAACGAAUGAGAAARUAAAGAAAGAAGGAGAAGAAGAAAUGGAAACUGGCCAAGAUAUUGAAAAUGCAGUAGAUGCUGUUCCAGUGCUCGAACAACUCUCUUCGUCAAACGUAACGGGUCACGUGUCAGUGUUUAUCAACGAACCUCGCUUGUCAGAUUUCAAGCAAGUCCUAAAUAAGGCUGGCAUCCAAGCAGAGUUCGCUGGCGGUGUUCUCAUCUGCAACAACGUGGUGUGCGUCAGAAGGAACGAGACUGGCCGUGUAGGCCUGGAGGGGGCUGUCUGUGAUGACUAUUACAAGAUACGAGACCUUCUUUACCAGCAAUAUGCCAUCGUGUAGUGACACUUUGAGGAAACCUUAGUUUUGUAUUUUUUUCCGCCUAUUUAUAUUAAAAAUAUAAAAGUUUAA